AUGUUGCUCAUUCCUACAUUCCUCCUCUUUCUCUGCACGUCCACUUCCACGGUUAUCUCCACCUCCAAGAUCAUUUUAAGAAUAAACUUUCCUGAAUUGCUUCAAUCUUUUCAUCAACCAUGGAGUUCAAUCAACGAAAACCACCAUGCGUUUGAAGAACACCCUACAAAGGUUGAAGCACCUUAUAUGACAUGGGGACACAAAAUGUUUGAAUGUCAUGAUGCAGACUGUUGUACAUCCUGCAAGAACAAACAUGGUAUAAACAAAUGGAUUUCUACUAUGAGGAGCAUAAAAACACAAGGGCUCUAUUUAGAGUUUGUUUGGAUGAAAAAGAAUAUGGAUUGAAAGUGAACGAGAACAUCGAUUUUGAUUGGAAAGAAAACUACUACGCAAGAAGGUCUAUUAUAUUCUAAUAGAUAUCUUGAUUUGGCUUAAAAUAUGUCUCUUAACUAAUAAUAAACAACUUUAGUUGCAAAAAUGUUAUCUCACAUUUCUUUUCCUGUUUUCCUUUGCCUUGGAAUUAAUCGGUUGUAACAAAACUUUUGUUAAAUUUGACUCUUCUUCUAUCAUCAUAUUUUAGCCACU